GUACUCUGUGUAGUCAUCCCUGACUAGUAAUCUGAUAGCAACAUUUAAGUGUUUAAAAUAAAAACACAUUAGUACAUAGUUAAUUAAUGAUAAGACUUCAGAGCGGACAGAGUAUAUAUCCCAGCUCAAGGUUCAAGACCCAGCAGUUGUCAAAGAGAACGCAGAAUGACAGACAUAGACGAUUUACAGUUGACGGACUUCUCGUUUGGGAAAGAACAAGGUUUGGACAAUCCAACGUUUGUGAAGGAUGAUAUAUUUUCAGAUGAACUGACUGUCAGUGACAAGGAGUCGGAGAAGGAGUCAAACUCAUGCAUGAGCAAAGCAUGCUUACCCAUCACAGCCACAGAGAUCUUCUGCAAGACCCACUCCAAAAUAAUCAAGUACAUUGUUUUGACAAUACUUGCUGCAGGUUAUUUGGCGUACUUCAUUGCUGCAUGUUAUUUGAACUUCCAGAGGGCACUUGCUUUGGUUAUCCUCACUUGUCUGGGGGUGUUUAUCAUUGUGUGUGAACUGGUGAACAAGUACAAGGGUGACAGCAUAAGAAAGUUCCUCAAGCCUGCACAAAGAUGUUUCAAAUCCAAUGUCAAAUGGAUAAAAUGGGUGUUCAUCGUAAUUGUGGUGGGACUGCUGGUGGCAUGGCUGGCAGUCGACACACGAAAGCGCCCAGAGCAGCUCAUCUCUUUUGGCGGUAUCUGUGUAUUCAUUGUUGCCAUAUUUCUCUUCUCUGCACACCGAACUGCAGUGAGCUGGAGGACAGUCUUCUGGGGACUCGGUUUACAGUUUGCCCUUGGCUUGUUUAUCAUUAGGACAGAUCCUGGUCUUGCAGCGUUCAAAUGGCUUGGAAAGCAAGUUCAGAUAUUUCUGGAUUACUCAAAAGCGGGUUCGUCAUUCGUGUUUGGCAACCUCAUUGACAACAUAUUUGCUUUCCAGGCUCUGCCUAUAGUGAUAUUCUUCAGCAGUGUCAUGUCAGUGCUGUACUACCUGGGUGUGAUGCAAUGGAUCAUCACAAAGAUUUCCUGGGUAAUGCAGGUAACAAUGGGAACCUCCUCUACAGAGACUCUCAGUGUGGCAGGAAACAUAUUUGUUGGUCAGACAGAGGCACCGCUUUUGAUUCGUCCUUAUUUGAAGGACAUGACCAAAUCUGAGAUUCAUGCCGUCAUGACUGGAGGAUUUGCCACUAUUGCAGGAAGUGUUAUGGGUGCAUUCAUCUCAUUUGGGAUUGAUGCCUCAUCUCUGAUUUCUGCAUCUGUGAUGGCUGCUCCAUGUGCUUUAGCCAUCUCCAAAUUAUCCUACCCUGAAAUUGAAAAGAGCAAGUUCACAUCUAAGAGUCAGAUUAAAGUUGAUAGCGGUGGUGAACAGAAUGUCUUGGAAGCUGUCAGCGGUGGCGCAUCUGCAUCAAUAGGGCUUGUGGCAAACAUCGCUGCUAACUUGAUUGCUUUCCUUGCCAUUUUGGACUUCAUAAAUGCUGCUCUGAGAUGGUUGGGAGGUAUGGUUGGAUACCCAGAGGUCACUUUUGAGCUGAUCUGCUCCUACGUGUUUAUGCCGGUGGCCUUCAUGAUGGGAAUUCCAUACGAGGAGUCUUUUACAGUGGCUGAACUUAUUGGCACUAAACUCUUCCUCAAUGAGUUUAUAGCCUACGAGAAGCUGUCUGAGCUCAAGAACAACAGACUUAAUGGUGUUUUAGAAGAUGGAAUAGAUAAAAAUUGGAUCUCAGUUCGAUCAGAAAUCAUCUGCACCUAUGCACUGUGUGGCUUUGCUAAUUUCAGCUCUCUUGGUAUCGUGAUUGGAGGCCUGUCCUCUAUUUGUCCAGAAAAGAAGAGUGUCAUAUCUAAGUUAGUGCUCAGAGCCUUGUUCACAGGCACAUGUGUUUCCCUGGUCAAUGCCUGUAUUGCAGGUUUGCUUUUCGUCCCUCCGUUGGACUGUGUGGAACUGUUUAGAAAUGGAGUCUUCAAUACCACUACACCCAACAUUGACACUUGCUGUUUUGAUCUUUUUGAAAGCACUAUCAACAAUGGAACCGUUUCUUUCGAGGGCUCCUGGACUGAAGUGAAAAAUGCAACAAUUUAUUUUGCAAACUGUUGUGGUCUCUUUCAGGAACCUGUUUGCAUGUAGUUAGCUAAUGCUACAACCGUGCAAGAAAAUGCCUCUAAACUAAAUAUAAUGACAUUAUUUAUUAAAUUCACACAUUUUGUUAUACACUACCAGUCAAAAGAUUUUUAAUGUUUUUUAAUGAUUUUUCUUCUGCUCACCAAGCCUGUAUUUAUUUGAUUCAAAAUACCUCAAAAGCAGUAAUAUCGUGAAAUAUUUUACUAUUUAAAAUAACUGCUUUCUAUUUGAAUAUAUUUUAAAAUGUAAUUAAUUCCUGUGAUCAAAGCUUAAUUUUCAAUAUCAUUACGCCAGUCUUCAGUGUCACAUGAUCCUUCAGAAAUCAUGUGACACUUCAAGAAACAGUUUUUAUUAUUAUCAUCAAUAUUUAAAACGGUUGAGAUUUUUCAUUCUUUGAUCAAUAGAAAGAUCCAAAGAUCAGCAUUUAUCUGUAAUAAAAAGCUUUUGAAACAUUAUACACUAUACCAUUCAAAAGCUUGGAGUCAGUAUAGAAAUUAAUACUUUUAUUUAGCAAGAAUGCUUUGAAUUGAUCAAAAGUGAUGUUAAAGGCAUUUAUAAUGUUAAAAAAUGUCUAUUUCAGAAUGCUGUUCUUCUAAACUUUCUAUUCAUCAAAAAACCCUGAAAUAAUUCUACUCAGCUGUUUUCAACAUAAUAAUAAUACUAAAUGUCUUUGAGCAGCAAAUCAGAAUAUUAGAAUGAUUUCUGAAGGAUCAUGUGACUGAAGUAAUGAUGCUAAAAAUUCAGCUUUGAAAUCACAGGAAUAAAUUAAAAUAUUUUCAAAUAGAAAAUAGUUAUUUCAAAUAGCAAAAACUUACUGUUCAAAACAUUUGACUGGUAGUGUAUGAACUGUGUGUGCAGAGUAUAUUUGAUUUUAUUUGGUCAUUUAGCUAUUCGUACAUAAUUCCUUUAAAGAUGUAGCACAAUUCAUGUGCAAGUAUUUUUAUAUGUAAAUGCUGUAAAUGUUAUUCAAUUUUGUUGUUCUGUUUUAUAUAAAUGCUAUAAUCAUUUUUGGAAUUUA